AUGUCGCUGUACAAACGCUGCAGAUUCAUCGUGGAGGUGCUGAAGCAGCUGCAGGGCACCAUAGAAGAAGAGUCUGGAGAGGCGUCUGGGUCUCAGCUGGAGCUCAUCGAAAGGCUGAAAGAGAUGAGCCUGGACUCGGCAGGCUUUAAGCCCAGGUCCAGGCCUCCUCUGCCCCCCUCGUCCUCCUCCAGCUCGGCCUCUUCUGGAUCCGGACCCCCUGCAGGAGCAGCCGGAGGCUCCGGAGCUCCGGGCCCCUCGACGUCCGCCGCCUUCCCCAGGAGAGGGCUGCCGUCUGCGGGCAGAGACAGCCACGACCGGUGCCUGGAGGAGCUGGAGAAGGAGAGGUCCCUCCUGCUGGCCGAGCUGGAGAAGGAGGAGAAGGAGAAGGACUGGUACUACGCUCAGCUGCAGAACCUCACCAAGAGGAUCGACAGCCUGCCGCUCACCGAGAAU